CGCCUCCAAGGGAACACCUGCGGACAUAAAUAGGCAGCCAGCAGAGGCAGCAGCACAGAGCCACCAAGCAGCGCUGCAUACAGGGUCCACCUGUGUGCACCAGGAUGCCCGACACCAUGCUGCCCGCCUGCUUCCUCGGCCUACUGGCCUUCUCCUCCGCGUGCUACUUCCAGAACUGCCCGAGGGGCGGCAAGAGGGCCAUGUCCGACCUGGAGCUGAGACAGUGCCUCCCCUGCGGCCCCGGGGGCAAAGGCCGCUGCUUCGGGCCCAGCAUCUGCUGCGCGGACGAGCUGGGCUGCUUUGUGGGCACGGCUGAGGCGCUGCGCUGCCAGGAGGAGAACUACCUGCCGUCGCCCUGCCAGUCCGGCCAGAAGGCGUGCGGGAGCGGGGGCCGCUGCGCCGCCUUCGGCGUUUGCUGCAACGACGAGAGCUGCAUGACCGAGCCCGAGUGCCGCGAGGGCUUUCACCGCCGCGCCCGCGCCAGCGACCGGAGCAACGCCACGCAGCUGGACGGGCCGGCCGGGGCCUUGCUGCUGCGGCUGGUGCAGCUGGCCGGGGCGCCCGAGCCCUUCGAGCCCGCCCAGCCCGACGUCUACUGAGCCCCCCGCUCGCCCACCGGCGCGCUCUUUGCGCCCGCCCCUGCAGCACGGACAAUAAACCU